AUUUAAGACGCUAAUCACGAUUAGGGAGUGAGACGAGGAUGGCUGAAAAAACACUGGUUAAUUUGAGGGCUCUAAUGGCCUCUCACUCUCCCAAACUCGAUGCUCUUGUCGUUCCAUCAGAAGAUUAUCAUCAGAGUGAGUAUGUUUCUGACCGGGACAAAAGGCGUGAAUUUGUAUCUGGAUUCACCGGCAGUGCGGGCUUGGCGCUUAUAACAGCGAAUGAAGCCUUAUUGUGGACGGAUGGAAGGUACUUUUUGCAGGCAUCACAGCAGCUCAGUGAACAGUGGAAGCUAAUGCGCAUGGGGGAAGACCCAGCUGUUGAUAUUUGGAUGGUAGAUAAUCUACCAAAAGAUGCAGCUAUUGGUAUUGAUCCCUGGUGUGUAUCAGUUGACACUGCACAGAAAUGGGAGCGUGCUUUCGCUAAGAAACAACAAAAGUUGGUCCAGACGUCCUCAAACUUGGUUGAUGAAGUUUGGAAAAGUAGACCUCCGCUGGAAAUUAAUCCUGUUAUUGUCCAUCCACUAGAAUUUUCUGGUCGUUCUGUUCAAGAAAAGUUAAAGGAUUUGAGAGAAAAGCUUGUUCAGGAAAAAGCUCAUGCUAUCAUAAUAACUGCUCUUGAUGAGGUUGCUUGGUUAUAUAAUAUUCGUGGAACUGAUACAUACCAUAUACAUAUUACUAGACACAAGUACGAUAACAUUGAUAUAUUUCUUCAAAAAGUGCUAUCGAAUGCAUUGCUAGGCUCAUGUAACAGAAACAGGAAACCAGCAACAGCCUUCUCCUCUGAUUUUUCACUCCCACAUGCAACCAAUAAGUUCUUUGCUACAAGAAGAACCAUGAAUCAAAUUGACGAUGAUCAAAUGGUACUCAUUUCUCAGUACUAUACUGGAGUGGUAUAUGACCAACUCCUUCCAGAGCAAGUGGAAGCAAAGGCUAGGCCUAGACGUAGGCGAAAGAAGAACAAAGGCGAGGCGGGGAGCUGCAGUGGGGUGAUGAGGAAGAGAAAGCUGAGUGAACAACAGAUGAAUCUGUUGGAGCAAAGUUUUGAAGACGAACACAAAUUGGAGUCUGAGAGGAAGGACAAGCUUGCCUCGGAUCUCGGUCUUGACCCUAGACAAGUUGCGGUGUGGUUUCAAAACAGAAGAGCUCGAUGGAAGAGCAAGAAGAUGGAGGAAGAAUACUCCAAGUUGAAGACUCAGCAUGAAACCACUGUUGUUGAGAAAUGCAGGCUUGAAAACGAGGUCCGUAUCUUUCUCUAACAUGGAUUCUACACUUCAAAAUAUUAUACAAGGAUUUCUUGUUCUUCUUUUUACUGUUUACAUUACUAUUUUCACUCAAGUCAAGGGUUAUGGUAAUUUAUCUGCAUGUACUAACAGAGUUAAGCAAACAAAACCACAUAUUUAAGUAAAAACAGAAAAUUUUGGAGUCCGGGCUUGGAAAGCUUUGUAGUUUUUCACUAAUGGAGUCUGCCACCCACCACAAAAGAGUGCCAAAUGUACCACGUCUCCAAUUUCAAGGUUCCGUACAUAGUUGGCAGUCCAGCUCCAGCUCCAGCACAUGCCAUUCCCCCUCACGUGGCGUGGAUACACAGUAACUGAACACUUAAAUAAUGGAAAUUGCUCUGUGUACA